AUGGUCAUCGACUCUCACGUCCAUCUGUACUCUGCGGAGAACAACGAAGACCUAAGAUGGAUGUCUCCAGACCUCUCCAUUGCCGGAGAACAUGGUUUGGCCGCGUAUAAGAAGGCAGCCGGCAAGGAAUUUACCGGACUGGUGUUUCUGGAGGUUGAUGUGAAGGCAGACUCAGACAACUGGGAUCUGGCUGUUAAGGAGUACGCUUAUGUGGUUGAUGAGUUUGAGAAUGACAAAGACCUGACAUACAAGAAGAUCGUGCCGUGGAUACCAUUGGCGUCUUCCAGAAUGGAAGAGUUUCUCCAGCAAUUAGUGGAAUCGCGUGGACAAGCCUUGUAUGACAAGUACGUCUCUGGGUUCAGAUACCUAUUCCAGGACAAGCCUUCGGGAACGAUGAAAAAUCCCACGAUUGUUGCGAAUCUGAACAAGCUGGCCGGGCAAAAGCGUUACACCUUUGAUAUUGGUAUUGACAUUCAUUCUUACGGGGUCUGGGAGUACCAGGAGUGUCUUGAACUACUGGAGAAGGUUGACGCUGGUUUGGUCUGGGUGUUCAACCACCUUGGUAAGCCCGACUUUGAAAGCGCAGAGAAGUUUGCCCAAUGGAACGACUACGUUGACAAGAUGGCUGCGGUGCUUUCUGCCAAAAAAGCCACAAGUUACAUGAAGAUUUCUGGUGGUUUCUCGGAGAUUCCAAGGCACAUCACAGACGUGCAAGCCAUCGCCGCAUUGAUCAAACCGUAUGUAGAUAAAAGUCUCGCAGUCUGGGGGAAAGAGAACCUCAUAUUUGGCUCUGACUGGCCCGUUUGUGUGCUCAAUGGCGGUUCCAUAGAGAAAUGGCUCCAGAUUCUGGAUAUACUCGGCCUGGAUGCGGCCGUCUUCGAUCGUAACGUGUGCGGCUGCUACGGCUCGGUCUCGGGUUGUUGUUGA